AUUGUAACCGAUCGUAAAGGAUAUCAAGAACCAAAAUCCGCCAACGUUGAUUCUUUACUGCGGCUGAAAUAUUCAUUUUUAGAGCAUUACUGAAUUAAAAAAAAAGCAGUAUAAAAACCGGAAUGUCCAACUGAUAAGGCUGAAAAUUUUUCACUUGUUAUUUACAGUAAGAUAAAUACAUUCACCAACUUUUAUUAAAAUAAAACCAUUUAAACUGGGUGUUCGGAUUUAUAUGUCACUUAGUAUAUUUUGAACCUAUAAUACUCUGCUACAUUUUUAUUAUUUGUGUUUGAUAAGAAAAAAACUAAGAUUUCAAUAGUUGGGCCAACUGAAGUGGGAAGGGGCUCGUACUUCCAGGAUUUCGGUUCGUGGGUCGUUUUAUGGCCUAGAUUCGGCUCGAAGACGGACAAAUCGUCGAACAGGCAAUCAGGAUGGAAGAUUUCGGAAAACGGUGACAAGAUCUUGGAUAUGAUUCAGUGGUUGCGAAUUUUAAAAGCGCUAUCAGGAAAGAGGCGAGCUGCUGCACAGAAUUUGGAUAAUCUGUUUAUUUCAUCAAGGAGAAAAGUACGUCCUGCCUCAAGAGCGGUGAUCGUAGGAUGGGUCAAGACAGGUCUGAAACAGAUCAAUGUGGUGGCGAGUCCGGGUAGUAUAUGCUCAGCUGUUGGAUCAGCUCGUUUUAGUUUGGAAAUGCCGAUAGACGAAAUUCUGAAGAAAGAGAACUGGCAGAGUGGCCAGAACUUUUUCAAGUAUUACUGUAAGCCAAUAGAGUCAAUAACAUCUGUCGAUAGGUAUGAAAACCCACCUUCAGAGCAUUUUGAUGUUGUUUAGUUUUUUCAUUUAUAUAUCGGUAUUUUAUUAUAAAUGUUUUUAUAUGUUUCUCAUAGCAAUAACAUUUCUGUUCCUAAACAGACGGAAGUUUUUUUUACCUAUUACAGUACGCUCAUAGCGCCGGCAGACUACAAACACUUCUCACAAGGGUCAAGCGAAGGCAGAGACACAAAAUAUAUAUGUUUUUCCCCCGAAGGGUAAAAAACAUUUAUUUUGGGUCUUGCCGAAGCUUGACUCUAAAUUUUUAGACCUAGACUGGUACUAAACGCGCGAGCAGGCUUGCCGGCGCCAAGCAGCAGCCGCGACCGGACGACUCUGAGCGUGACAGAGAUGGAAGACAAUGGGUGAAGUGAAUAAAACCAAGUAAGCACUUCAUAAGCAUUUACUUACGAGAGUUGAAGCAAAUGCUUGGCAAUGAGUGAAUAAUUGUAAGGCAUGACUCAGAGAGGUCUACUUGUUAAUAUUGAGGUAUUACUUGCGGCGCGUGCAAGUCCUAGCUUGUUUAUCCUUAUUCACAUAUUCAAAUCGUCUUAUUUAUGAGUAUUUGCUUUAUAAACCUUACGCGUCGUAUAAAUCUCUUUAGGUUUCUGUAUAUUUUUGUUUAAUAAAUGUUUUUUACCCUUCGGGGGAAAAACAUGUAUAUUUAUUUUCAGGUUCUGUGUAACAAUUUGUACGAAUUUAUGUUCUAGAUAAAAGUAUCAGAGAUUAUCUAUCUGUAAGUCUGUUUCUUUUGAUCCAGUUGACUGAUAUGCCAGUGUAAUCAUACCGUUGUUCAUUAUGUUCCAUUUUGUAGUGGGAAACAUAUCUUUGUUGUGUAUUGUAACAAAAUUAGGAGUUGAACUUAUGAUUUGAUUAUUUCGCAAGGUUUUUCUAUCAAAAUGACAAUUCAUGCAUGAUAUUCUGUUGAAAGUUGUACGUUAAAAUGAAAAGAUAUUCAAGUUUUGAAACGAUAGAAAUAUGUGUAUAGCAAAUUACUGCAUUUUAUAUGAUCUGCGUUGUUUUGAAAGGUUACCGAUUAAAAUUUCUUGCGUAUUUUUUGGUGUUUGCAUAUAUGCCGUAUCCCAGAUUUUCGCAUCCCUCAUGCAUAUCUAGGUCCCCGAUUCAAGUCCGUUAAUUUUUUCCUUUUGGGGGUGUCCUGGGGGUCCGGAUCCAGAGGGAUGUCCUGGGAGUCCGCCCCCCACACCCCGAAAUAUCCUAGUUCAAAACAAUUUCAAACGUGUUUUUCAAUUCGGAGACGAUCUGAACAUGUAUCGUGCCCCCAGAAUGUUUUAUUUUUUGUUUAAUUUCAAAUCACGAUAUGGACCCCUUCCAAAAAUAUCUUCUAGAUCCGCCCCUGGGGUAGUCAGAAUUUUAUUUUGACGUAUUUUCUUAUUCAAUAUAAUUACAUGUGUGAAUGCGAAAAUUCAACAGAUUGCAAUGAGACAAGUGGUGUGUAGUUCGCGAACGAACUAGUUCAAUCGAACGAUUCUUAAGAUUGAACUAAGUUAACUAGUUCAUUGUUCCCUGAAAAACUCGUUCAGUAAGUACGAAUGUUAUUACAGGAUCUUUAUGAUCCAAUCGAACCAGUUGUGAGUGAAUGAAUGAGAAAGGAGACGGGAAGGAACCACGACGGAAAACAAGUGUAAGCAGAAGGUUGUAUAACUGGUUGCCUAGAAGUUAUGGAAAAAGGUGACAAAUGCUGUUAAUCAUAGAGACUGAAAGAAAUAAAAAUUAGCUACUUUUUAUAAAAAAAGAUCAUUAAUUAAAGCUCAUGACGAAGUUGAAACGAUACUAAAAUUAAGAUGUAAAUUUAUCAAUUUCCAUUUAAAAGCAUUAAUUUUUUAACUCUACCGCCUUCUAGUCUAUUUCUGGUGACAAGACUGCUUUGCUCAGCCUUCGUUCACGUGGUGACUGGGCUAUUAAACGUGAACAGAGAUCCGUAAAGGCCUAUUCAUACUCAGCCGUGACGUGACAGUGCUGUGACCGGCACGUGAUCCGCCCGGCGAAACUAAAAACAUUCUUCCUGGAAUUUGGUUGAACUGAUUCACACUAGACCGGCACGUGGCAGUGGCCGUGUUCUCAGUGCCCUCGACGACGCCGUACCGUGAUCAUCGCAUUGUUUUGGAACGACAUUUUUCGCUUUUCACGGCCGUGUUUUCAUGUAAUUUCGUGAAUAUUUUGAUAUAACUGGUCAAAAACAUGAAUGAAUGAAAAACUAAUUGAUUUUGUACGCGUAGAUCCCUUGCUGUAGAACCAGUCAAAUUCUAAAUACAAGGACUUCCGUUAUCUUCCCGUUUCUUCUUCUUCAUCUUUCGUAGGUGGUAGAUGGUCUCUGACUGUCGAACGCGGAGGUACCACCUGGCGGAUCUAAUACUCGGGGCCAGAAUGUGUGCAUGUUGCAUGAUGCACACGUGUUCCCUCGCCAGAGUCCGUGUGGCGUCCCCCCUUUCCUCUGUGUUUCCCCCUAUAGCAACACGGUACCACAUGGCCUUCGUGGUAGUUGGAGAAUUAAUGCAAUAAUUGCAAGUUCAUCCUCUGAAAAUUUUGCCAUCUCGACCUCACGUGAACACGACUGCGCUGUCAGAGCACGGAGAAAAAUACUGAUCGGUGUAAAUUGAAAACACUGUGAGCUCACGUCAUCGGCACUGGCACAUCACGGCACUGUCACGUCACGGCUUAGUGUGAAUAGACCUUUACAGUUCCAACUAAUAGCACCUAUACGCUUUCCGCCGUGGUCGCUUCUGGUGUGAUAGAUGGCGCUGUCUUAAUAUGUUAACCCUGUAUAUCACGUUGUAAGAAGCAUUUUGUAACAUGCUAUAUAAAUAUCAACGAAAUAACUUUGUUUGGUUAAUUAGGGCAACUCGGACACCAUGCGACGCCACUGUUCGAAAAUAAAAUUACGUAUUGUGCGUCAAUAACAAAUAAUUGCUCAAAUUACAGAAUCGUUAAAUUUAUUUCAAAAGCGACAUAUUUGCUACAGAAGCUUUGUUAUGAAAGUAAUUCUGCGUGUUUUCCCAAAUACACCUUUUUGAAUUCUGUGUAAAUAAACCAAGGUGUACCUCUAAAUAAACGCAAUUAAAAAGAAAAAAGCUAGGAAAGGAAUUUUUCUCUCUGUCUUUGUCUUUCUCACGUGGUAUAUACGGAUCAGCUGCCUCAGAGCAUGUGCAAUCAGUGCUGUAUCUUUUGCCUGAGUAUCAUUUGAAAGGUGUUCAUGCUAAUUGUUCCACAACAAAAAUCAAUUGAUAAAAAUAACAACCGCGAGGAAAAUGUCAAGUUUUCAUAAGGUGGAAAUUAAUAAAACUGUUUGGGAAGUUCCAGAAAGAUAUCAGCAGUUAUCUACUGUGGGAUGUGGAGCAUACGGACAAGUAUGUUCAGCAUUGGAUACAGUAACAAACAAAAAGGUAGCUAUAAAAAAAUUGGCCCGUCCAUUUCAGUCAGCAGUACAUGCAAAACGAACAUACAGGGAACUGAAGUUGCUCAAACAUAUGAGACAUGAAAAUGUGAUAGGACUGUUAGAUGUAUUUUAUCCUAAACACGAUGUGAAUCAGAUCUAUUUAGUUACACAUUUGAUGGGUGCUGACUUGAACAAUAUCAUAAGAACACAGAAACUAACUGAUGAUCAUGUCCAAUUUUUAGUAUAUCAGAUACUUCGAGGAUUGAAGUAUAUACAUUCUGCUGGUAUAAUACACAGGGACUUAAAACCAUCUAAUAUAGCUGUAAAUGAAGACUGCGAGCUGAAAAUAUUAGAUUUUGGUCUUGCCAGGCCUACAGAAAACGAAAUGACAGGUUAUGUGGCGACAAGGUGGUACAGAGCUCCUGAAAUUAUGUUAAAUUGGAUGCAUUAUAACCAAACUGUUGAUAUAUGGUCAGUUGGUUGUAUAAUGGCUGAAUUGUUGACUGGAAAGACACUGUUUCCAGGCACAGAUCAUAUUCAUCAGUUAAAUCUGAUUAUGGAAAUAUUGGGAACCCCAGGUGAUGAAUUUAUGCAGAAAAUCACGUCAGAAAGUGCUCGAAAUUAUAUAAAGUCGUUACCAGUUAUACCUAAAAAAGACUUACAUACUUACAUAGUUGGUGCUAACCCCUUAGCUAUAAAUCUUCUGGGCCUUAUGUUAGAAUUAGACAGCGAUAAACGUAUAACUGCCGAACAAGCCUUAGCACAUGCUUAUCUAGCCGCUUAUGCUGAUCCAAACGAUGAACCAAUAUCAGCACCUUACGAUCAGAGUAUCGAGGAUAUGAAUUUGCCCGUUGAAAAGUGGAGAGAUCUAGUGUUACAGGAGGUAAGCUCAUUCGAAUAUAUCCCACCUCAAAAUGAAGAAAAUUGAACUAGUGGUAGUUUAACAUUUAUAAUAAUUAUAUUUUAAUAUUAUAUGCCCAGUUUUGUUGCAAUAGUUGUAUUUGUUGAAAAUUUAGGCAUACAUCAAAGCAUUGUAACUGCGUUGACAUUAAUUUAUUAUUAUUAUUUAUUAUAGCAAUACAUUUAUAUUGAUUUUCGAUCGAUUCAUUUUACUUGUUUUCCGAUAUUAUGUGAAACAUGUAAUUUAGUUUUAGCAACUAAUACAAACUAACAAUUUUGUUUUCAUCAUGUCGCUGCUAAUUUAUUUUACACACACUGUAUAUAUAUUCUUUAUUUAUGUUAAAAAUAUUUUCUUUCAGAAACAUACAAUGUUAUUAUAUACAUCUUAUAAUUUGGUUGUAAACGGUUUGUGAAUUGACCGGUAGAUGUUCCGUAUUGUGGUGACAAUAUUUAUUUAGCGUCAUAAAAAGAAUACAUGAUUUUCCAAAACUUUGGGGUCACGUUUUCAUUUAUACAAACAACUUUUUCGAAUAUCUUCCCCAAUAUUGUCAAGUUAUUUGAAAAAGUUGCGAUUACCUUACUUCUGCCCAUGAUAACAUAUACACAUAUCAUAAUAUACUAAACCAAAUUCAUUUUCGAGGUGCCGUCUGGUCAGAACCGUAUUCAGUCCUUAAGUACGCGAUGUCGAAGUUCAUUGAAAUCUGUCACACUUUUGAUUGAUAUAUCCCGCAGAGAUGUAGCUUGCUCCACAGGGGCCUCAUAUCAAAAUUUAUAGGGGGGCCCACCCAACUGUGGUGAUUCCCAGAUGGAGUAAACUUUGAAUUAUAGAUUAUUAUAAAAGAAACAUAAAUGAUUGCAUUGAAUAAUAUGAAUUGUGAGGGGGUGGAUUAUCGGCAAAAUGUUAAAGUGUACAUACUCUCAGGUUCAGGUUAGGGCAUAUCAAAAAGGCUUAUCUUGACUCAUCGAAAAUUUAAAAAUAGGUUUGUCACUAUUUCUUCCCGAUUUUUUUUUAAUAAACCAUCCAUCGCGGGAGACGAUUUAAGUGUUUCGAAAUUUUCAGCGUUACCUCCGUGCAAUCUAAAGUUUAUCGCUUGAGAAUUUUUAAUUUAGCCUACAGCCUAAAAACUUGCGUGAGAUGGCGGAAAACACUUAACGAACUUUUUUUUCGAACGUAGGGCUCCCCUGUAUCGUUGAUACGAUAGUAGCUGCGCCCCUGAUAUUCUACCACUUGCUGAAUACUCUAAUAAAUGGUUACACAUAAUGUUUCUCUCGAAGGACCAUAGCUCAAAUUGUUUGUAUGCAAAAAACUAUAGUUGAUCCAAACCUGUUCUUUUACCUAUUACCUAGGGACGUGUCAGUCGAUCAAUCAAAGCGUAGCACUUACGCACUAGCCUGCUGAAGUUUGUUUUGAUUGACUGCACAUCGAAAACGGAUUUGGCAUAGAAAUUAUUAUGAUUACGCUGCUAUAUCUGAAAGGAAUGUGGGUAGUGCAAUAUAUCUAUGAAAAAAUUCUACAAUUAAAAAAGAAUGUCAAAAGAUCCCCAAAUUUAGUUUUCGAGUUAUUGGUUCCCUUUUUGGGACGCCGAAGGUUUGUUUAGGAACAUUUUGUAAAAAAGUUUUUUAUGGGCAGGAACUGUAUUAUUUUGUAGUAGAAAACAUUGCGAAAUCGAGACAUUAUGUGUUUUUGAUUUUAUAUGACAUCUACAUCCGUAUUUCUACCUGUCUACUAAAUUCCUUGCCUUCUUUAUAAUUCCGAACAUACCGCUCGAGUAUUGAUGAAAUUUUGACAGGUGAUUGCUAUGCUACGGAUCGAGAUCGAUCCACUGGCAACAGAGCUGAGAGAAAAAAUAAAAAUUCAAAACGCACCCAAAUUCUAUAUGCGAAACUACAUAUGAAAAUUGCCUCUAAAGGCAUCAAAAUCUGGAUCGAUCCAAAUUAAGGCAAAAAUUGAAGAAAUUCAGCAAAAAUGCGGACUUCCCAUUUGCGCAAUUUUUCGGGAAAUAGUGAUUUUGAUUUUGGAACGUAAAAGAAUAGACAAAAGUACAAAAAUGUGUACAGUUUUUAAGAUACAGAACUUAUGAUACGCUACGCGUAAAAAGUCAAAAAAUUGGCGUUUUUUCCUGUUUUUGUCGAUUUUCCGAGCAAACACUCAUGGAUUUGUCAGUAGAUCUGAAAAGGUAUAAUAAAAACUUCAAAAAUGUUUUCUCUCGAACACAAGUUUCACAAAUCUAUAAAAAAUCGCGGUUAGGUAGCAUACAAGAGUAGCAUCGGUAAUUUUUUAAGCAAAAUUGCGCCCGUAAAAAAUAUUAAAGGAAAAACACGUUUUGGAGGUUAGGGGCGACCUAUAUAUCUGAUAAUUUGACUCAACAUACCUUAAUUUGGAGUGAUCCAGAUUUGGAUUCUUUUAGGGGUAAUUUUCAUGUGUAGUUUUGCCUAUAGCCUUUCAUAUUUCACGGCUUCUGGUGAUUUUUGGGCGUAAUCAAAAACAUUCUAUCGAGAGGCGGGAGUUGUUUUAAAUGUUUAAAUGAACAUAUUUCAGUUUUCUGGUUACUGUUGGCAUAGUCAAAACAUUUUAGGGGACCCAAGAAUUGUGAAAUUCGGUAAUUUGCAGAUAUUGUAUAUCAAUAAUGUCGCGUAUUUAAAAUUUCCGGUGUCUGCAAAAUAUUUCUCGAAUCCACCAACUAUUUUUGUGUGUCUUGAACAGUUGAAUUUAUCAUUUAUAUUAAUGUGUCGAGUCAAUCUGCUUGACUCGAUUUUUGCUAAGAGGUGCAAUGAAACCACAACCUUUUUACCUUCAGGCAAAAAACAUCAUAUUAUCAUCUUGGUAAAUGAAACAAAAAGGGAAUAUUACCAAGAAAAGAUAAAUAAAUCCGAGAAUAAGUCGAAAGCAGUGUGGAGUGCUGUAUCUGAGUUGACAAAAAACUCGUGAGAUUUCAAUUAGUAUUGACGGUACACUAGUACAAGAUCCGUGUCAGAUUGCCCCACCCUUCAAUAAAUACUUCAUCAACGAAGCUCAAAGGAAGGUUGAUAGCAUGCAAGAAAUAAAUAGUAAUAAAAAUUCAAUUCUAAAAAUACGUUCAAUCCAUUUUCGUUAUUUUUGAGACCAUUCACGGAGUAUGAGUUACUAUAGUUUCAUUAUUCGGCAGGCUCAAAAAAAAAAUUGCUAGUGCAGAUGACAUACCGGUUUUCUUAAUCAAAAAAAUUCUUCCUCAAAUAAUAGAACCACUUACAUACCUCAUAAAUAUUUAUGUCUUUUCUAUCUGGGAAAUUUCCCAGCAAAAUAAAAACGGGUAAAGUGAUUCCACUGUAUAAGAUUAAAGAGCGAACGUUGAUGAAGAAUUACAGAGCAGUAACUAUGCCGGAAAGUUUGUCUAAGGCAUUCGAAUAUGCAUUUUUAGGUCGUUUAAUGAUUUUUUUGCGCAACUUCAAGGUAAUUACCAAGAGACAACAUGCUUUCCAGCAAGGAAGAUGGACAAAUUCAGCAAUGACUGCCUUUUAUAUAGAACUAAAUGAGUAUGUUGCCGCAGGCGAAUGCCCCGCAGCUAUUCUUUGUGAUUUGAGUGGGGCAUUUGAUUGCGUUAAUCAUCAGAUAUUACUCAAUACAUUAGAAUAUUAUGGUAUAAGAGGAGCUGCUCAAAAAUGGAUAGACUCUUUCAUUGAGAAUCGGAAGCAAUAUCAACUCUAAAGUCAUGUCAAUUCAGAAGGAUGUACCACAAGGUACUAUGCUGGGCCCGAUUCUCUUUUAUAUGUCAAUCAGAUCGCAGAUAUUUCGCCCACCAUUAAAUAUACAGCUUAUGCGGAUGACAUAUCUUUCAUUAUUUCAUCGAAAGAGGAUGGUGUCCUCCAAGUAAAAUGCAUAAAGUUCUUGACGGAACUGAUUAACUCACGUGACCUUUUUCUGUACACCGAGAAAACAGAAGUACCCAGAUCCCAGAAUUACCAGCGCGAGUUAGAUCAAUUUGGUAUAAAUGUCAAUAAUUCAGUAUUAGAGAGCCAAAACGAUAAAAAAUUCCUUGGAGUAUUUAUUGAUGAGCGUUGACGAGUCACUGUGAGCAGCUGUGUAAAUCAUUAUCCUCUUAUGUAUAUGUUUUUAGAAAUAUGAGAAUUGUUUUAAGCUAUCCUAAUUUAUUGAAUAUCUAUUAUGCGCUGAUUGAGUCUAGAUUUCGUUAUGACAUUUGCUUGUGGGGUAGCUCAUCCCAUGCAAAUGAAGUGUUUGUGUCUUAAAAGAAAAAUUUUAGCAAAUUUAAGUAGCCAUCACUCGAGUAGAGAACUGUGAUAUUCACACGUACAGUACCCAAAUAAAAAGCCAAUUACGUUUACCUAUGUUUAACUAUAAAUGCAGUCAAGGCUCACCAAAUUACCUUGGUUUAAAAAUGUUCAAUAACCAGAUAAAGUAAAAUCAGAAACGGGCGUGAGGUCCUUCAAACGAAAUUUGAGAAGGCUUCUGAUCGAUCAGUGUUUUUAUAGUGUUGAAGAGUUUUUCUCUUGUAGGCAUUUUUAAUGUUUUAACUGUAUUCACUGUUAUUUUGUCCCUAGUUUUAAGUUUGACAAUUCCUAUAUGUUUUUUUAGAGAAUUUGAACCAGUGAUCUAGGUCCAUCGAUUUAUUGCGCAAUAAUUAUUUGUAGUUAGAAUUAAAAUAUUUACACAUGAUGUUUUGUAUGAAAUAUCUCGUGUAUGGCCAUGGUAAUGAAAUAAGAAUCAUAUUCAAGUGGCAUUUACGCCGCGUCAGAGACACUGACACUCGAUGGCACAAUUCUCGCUCUGGUGUUGACAUAUUUCGUCCGCAUGUUGAUCUAGAUUGUUCAUUCAGAAUAAAAGUAGCUCUAAAGAAUUAGGGAACAAUUUGCUGCAUUAAAUCGGAUACUAGAUAUAAGCAUGCAGGAUCUAAGACCGACAUCUGCUUUCUAAGUAAUGCGAUGGAGAGGUGCAUAAAUAUGGAGCUUUUGGAGUACUUCGAAGAUCACGGCUUGAUUAGCUACAGACUGUAUGGUUUUUGGCACCAGCGACCCAUAGGGGGACCUCCUAGCUUACGUCACGCAAUUAUGAAAUAGACUCAACCAGUUUCAUGGUGAGGCUCAUGUCGUUGCUCUUGAUAUCACGAAAGAGUUUGAUCAGCUGUGGCAUAAGCUGCCCUCUUACGCAAACCUUCAUCAUAUGGCAUCCCAAAGAAUCUUUGCAGAUGGGUGGCUGACUUUCUCUCUGACCGUAAGAUAUCCGUCGAUCAAUCCAGUCCAUAGCUUUGCUGAUUAGCACUCUACGUAUACAUUCAAGAAUUCAGAGUGACAUGCCGAUUUCUGCCUGUGAGUUGGAGAAAAGAAGUCGACUUCUUUUCUGAUGAGAUACCUGGAUGUUAUCACUGCUUGGGAGCGCAACAAUCUUGUACACUUUAACGCUUCCAAAACACAGUUUUGUACCUUGACGAAACAAAAAGCGUCCUAGCGCUCAUCCGGAUUAGAUGGAUGGCCGAGUUCUACCAAAGUGCCGUUCAUUUCGUCCAGAUCACCGAGGGCUAGGUCUGGCACGAACACAUCUCUUCAAUAGUGGCAGCUGCUAAGGAAAAGCUAGGCUAUUUGUUUAGGGAUAAGUAGUACUUUUCUCCACAUGACCUCCUCACUCUGUACAACGCUCAGGUAAGAUCUAGCCUGGAAUGCUGCUUACAUGUUUGGGGUGCUGCCGCCCCGACUUCAUUAUCCAUGCUCGAUGCUGUUCGAUUACUCUACUCUAAGACCCUUUCGCACUGGCGGGCCGUUGGCGAUAUUGCUCUGUUCUACCGCUAUGCCAACGGGCUUUGCUCCUCAGAGCUUUCCCCCACGAUGCCGCCGCGCAAUGUGCCCGCCAAACAGACCCGCCUGACAUCCAGAAGUGGUCGAUACGACCGCUCCUUUGUUCCUAGGGUAUCGAGAUUGUGGAACAAUCUACAGGAGAAAAAUACUAUUAAACAUUUUUCUGUAAGCUGCUCAUAGUAGCCCUAGCAUUUUAGCUUCUAUCUGCGCUUCUUCGGUAUAAAAAAAAUGUAGCUGAUAAUUUUUUGAGUUACUUUUGGCAUGCUAAUUGAAUUAAGUAAUAACUGUUCUCAGUGCUUAUUGUUGCAUAUUCAGCCUGAGUGGCCAACAGUGGCUCGAGAAUUUGCCGAUCAAGAGGCGUAAAUGCCAUUGGUAUGGACGUAUUGUGUUAGAUGUUGAAACUCUACGCUUGAAAUAAGUCAGGUCAAUUAACUCGAAAUAUAUGUAUUUUGUACAAAAUAUUUACAAUAGAUUGUAAUUAUACUGAUUAUGUAAACUAUAGUACUAACUUUAUUUACAUGUUUUUUGUUAUAUAAUAAUUAUACAAAAUUUUCACAGAUGAGUAUAUUGUUUUAAACUUAAGCUCUUAUUUAGGUGACUAUUAAGAUAGUAAAAUACUGUAGUCAAUCUGAAAUAACUCAAAUAAAAUACUGCUCAUAACAAGCUAAUAAAAUAGAUCAUUAUAUGAC